UCUGUCAGUUUGACGUUACUCUAAACAGUUUUGCACUUUGUUUUGCUUUAGCUUUGUUUUGAUUUAGAUUUCAUUCAUGGCAGAAAAGGUGAUAGUGGAAGUGUACUACAUCAGCUGAUGGAUAAGAUGACGGAAAUACCGGGCGAAACCAUGGAGAAGGAAUAUUCAUUGCAAGCGCUUACGUCUGAGCCCGACAGCAACACAAUCCUGCGAAGGCUCAGCCAACCGAUCAGUGAGAACUUCUCAGUCGAAUAUUAUGAAAUUGUCUUCACUGGGAUAUCAAUGCUUCUGCGUCCUGCCGCAAUUAUAUGGAAUCUGCUCCUGGCUGUUGAGUAUUAUAACUUGAAUAAAUGGAACUAUUUCACGUGGACGCUUUCCUAUAUUCUUGUGCCCAUGGUGAUAACCACUUUGCUCGGAAUUCACAUGUACGUUUCCGAUCGAAAGAAGGAAAAUAAGAAAAUUUGUUCAAAGUUUUUGUGGCUGGUGGUUUUGUGCCCGUUCCUGUUUCGAUAUUGUAAAUCGCUUAAAUAUGCGUUAAUAAGCAAACAUGCGGAACGUCAAAAUGAUUAUGCUAUGCAAAAAAAGUAUUAUAAAAUCAUGAUCGAGGAGGAAACUGACAUUGCGCUUAUUCGAAUUUUCGAAUCAGCUUUAGAAGUAGCUCCACAGAAGAUACUACAAAUUUCAAUAUAUCUCGCUGGAGAGGACAAGAUGACUUGGUUGCAGUUUUUAACAAUUUGUGGCUGCUUUUUUACAUUAACUUGGUGCAUUGUUGGUUACCAUAAAAAUAUUAGAACAAUUCAACCGGACAAGGAGAAAAUAUCUAUAAUUGGGAUAAUAGUUCAAAUUGCGUGGCAUUUUUGUAUAUAUGUAUCCCGAAUAUUAAGUAUUGCGACUGUGGCCAGCAUAUUUCCGUUGCCAACGAUAAUAGCAUGCAGUUUGCAUGCUUUCCUAAUAGGUUUUUUUAUUUUUUUCUUCGAGCGACCAGUGUUUUGUUCUGAAACCAUUUGUCAUCGUAUUAUGUUUUCCUGGUCGAUUGGCAUCGUUUUCAUUUUUACGUACAUUUCGUUGAAGGAUGUGCGAACAAGGAAUCGUUACGCUCUUUAUUACAUUCUUUGUGCCAUCGAGAACCUAAUAUUUAUUGUGUUAUAUUUUAAUUAUGCCAAUGCAGAGUUUAAACAGAGUUUUUUUUUUAUUCCGUUAUGUACAAUAUCGUUCCUAUCGUUUUAUGUUGGAAUUUUUUUUAUGCUAGUUUAUUAUGUACGCCUCCAUCCAAAUGUUCUCGCCAGAAGGGAUAUUUUUGUAUCGAAUAGUACUACUUAAUUUGUUGUUUCUAGUUUUUUACAAUGUGUACGUUUUCUAAACUAAUAAUACUAAUGAUAAUUGUAAUUGUAUUUAAUACUUUUUAAUGUGACAUUUUAUAUCGUUUUUUACCCAAAAAUUAACUAUUUUAAUAAAAAGAUAUGCAAGCAACAGU